AAUGUUGGGCUAAUAAGCCCAUAAGUGUAGGCUUUAACGGCCCAUUAAAACUCCGCCUCUCUCCCACUCUCUUUCUCGUAAUCGCUGUCACUUUCCACCGAGCUCGAAGCUCAAAAAUCAUGGCGUCUCUGUCGUGUCUCUCGAUUUGCGGACUUUCAUCUUCCGCCUCUUUCUCCCCCAAGCCCCGACUAGUCUCUUCUCCUCCGUCACCGCUUCCUCUAACCUAUCCCUUACGAAACCCUAAGAAGCUAUGUAGGAAGAAGAUUAAGAGAGUAAUUUGCAGAGCUGAGUUUUCACAAGACGCGCCACUCGUAACCGCCAUUGGUGCGUGUAUCCUCAGUUCAUUUGUUUUUCCGGCGGCGAAACGAGUCAACGAUGAGGAAGAAGAAGAAGAAGAAGAGAACUCAGCAAUUGUGUCAACAGAUAUGAGAUUAGCCGCCAUGGGAAUCAUUAGCUUCAUACCUUACUUCAAUUGGCUGAGUUGGGUCUUUGCUUGGCUUGACACUGGAAAAUCUCGUUAUGCUGUUUAUGCUCUUGUUUAUCUUCUUCCUUAUUUGAGUUCGAAUCUGUCUAUUUCUCCAGAAGAGAGCUGGUUACCAAUUUCAAGCAUUGUCUUGGGCAUUAUUCAUGUUCAGCUUGAAGCAAGCAUUGCAAAUGGUGAUGUUGAGACACUUUCAUUCUUCAGAAACACUUCUGAUGAAGAUUUUUCAUCUAAGAAACGAAUCCACUUUGACAAACAUUCCAAGGAGAAAGACACUGACACUGAAAGUUAAUUGCCCCAAAAACUAAAGUGAAAAAAUGAAUAUUUGUAACCAAACCUUAGCUAGUAGUUUUGUUAAUUUUUAAUUUCCUCAAUAUUUCAAAUUUAUAAAGUUUAAAAUUUCUUAUAGACGACCACAACAAUUCAAACCCUUUUACCACAUUUGGAUUUUUUAUCCACCUCAAUGUAUUUCUCUUUA